AUGACGUCUCCAGAGCGGCGUGGCCAGGAAUCACAGAAGACCCGAACAAUUUCCAUCUUUCUGCCACAAACACCAUUCGCCUAUUCCAUUCUGUAUCUUGCCCACAAUGGCGUUGAAAAAUUCACCUUUCGUACUCCCAGCGAGCACACCGAAAUCAAGCAAGAUGACAAUCCAUAUAGCCGGGUUUCAUGUAUUGAUUCGCUCGCAAUCCAAGACUGGAAAGGUGGAAACCCAAAACAUGGACAAGAUAUGCUGUCAAUGAUCGAUGGAACGGCGAGCGACAUCAGAACUGUCAUGAAAUUCCUUCCGUGUUACGUUGAUGGUGGACAUGUUACCUGGAACCUACUCUCUGAGGAACCCUCUGUUGCUGGUGCUAUCAUUAUUGUCGGAUCGCCAAAUAUCACCAGUUUGCUUACAGAGCGCCUCGGAUAUUCUUCUCCAUCCGACAUUGUGGAAGGGUCAACAGAGUGGCCUAGGUCACUGAAGAUACUCUGUGAAGAGCGUGAUCGGGCGAUGGCAAAAAUCUCAGGUAAGAAGAUCCUGAUCUUGAACGGGGCUCUGGAUACUCUCGUGCCGAGUAAAUUUACGUCUUCCUGGGUUGUCACCCAUGCGCACCAGAAUGAAGUCAAAUAUGUCGUCCAGGAUGACAGUGGGCAUUGGUUAUCAGUUCGCAUGGUGGAGGAGAUUGUGGAAUGGGUAGCACAGGCUUUAAUAUGA